CUUGUUAUCAUAUUAAUUCACGGUCCUUUGCGUUGUCCGUUGGCGUAAUGUUGGCUUUCCGCUCUUUGCAACCUGGAACGCACAGAAGUCAACACGCACACUACGCACAUGGAUUACCUAACCCUAGCGCCGUUGUUAGCCAGCAGCCAUUUAGCUUGUUGGCGCACCGAGGUCGACGCGACAUGGUUGUCGCCGUGUUUGCAAAGAAGGACCACAAAGAGUAUAAUGAGCAUCAUGACGACCAUCAAUUAUCGCGUAGCAGCGCCGAGCUGCAGGCAUAUGCCGAGAGAGAGCGCUACCUUAUGUCAGAAUUGUCGAAGGCUCACAGCCAGGUAGACAAACUGCUGGACCAGCAGCAGCUACUGCUCAACAUGGUUGCACGGCUUUCGGGCGUGGCUGGACCGCUUGCCCAGCAACCGGACCGCAACGUCAACCUAGUUCCUCCAGCUGCGGUACCACUCCCCACAUCCUUACCCCCUUCCGGUGGACUCGAGAAGCAAAGCCCUGGAGCCGCUUUCAUCUCCGCCGCUGCUGCUGCCGUACCAGCAACAUCUGCCGUACAAUUCACCCGCAGCAGCAACAGCAUUAGCAACACGGACAACGGUGUUAGCACUACUGCCACAACGGGCGCUAGCGUCAGCAACAACAGCAACAGCGCCGGCAGCAGCGGUACCAGCAGCGGCGGCAGCUCUUUCCCCACCUCUCUAUCGGAGUUCUUCCGCUCGGCUGCCGCUGCGGCGCCUCACCCCGCCAGCGCCGCCGCUGCCGCCUCCGUCGCCGCCGCCAUCGCCGCCGUCGACACCAGCGACAUCCUCUCCCUCGGCGACUUCCCCCUGCCUGAGACCUCGCGGCAGCGGAGCCCGCUCCCUCCUCCUUCCCCCCAGCAACGUCAGCAACAGGCGCAAGCAUCAGCACAGCAGGAUGCAGCAUCUGCACCGCAUGAAGCAGCGAGGUCUACAUCCCCGCCACAGCUGCAGCAGCCAUCGCUGCUGUUCAAUACCUUGGGCGGCUUCAUCACCACCAGCAUCACCAGCAGCAGCAACGCGCAGUCCUCAUCAUCUCCCUCUCCGGGAGAGUCCGCUGCAGCGCCUGUUGCGGGGCCUGCUGCUGCUGUGUCAGGAGGAGGAGCUGCCGGUGCCGACCUCGCACAGGUGGAUGUGGAGGUGGCCAAGGCGGCACCCACGGACCCCCCUCCCGAGCUGGUUCAGGGGGAUGACGACAUCUACUGGCUGUCCAGGUUGCAUGCUGCGCUGGAGCAGCGGGGGUUCUACCCGGGAGAGGAGGACAUGGAGAACUGGUUCUUCGGCGAAACCACGCAAGCUGCCGUACUCGCGUUCCAGGCCUCCGUACGACUGCCGGAGACGGGGGUGGUGGACCGGCCCACAUGGACGGCGCUGCUGGGGGAGGCGGCGGCGGGGGAACUGUACGACAGGGGAGCUGCAGCGGAGGCGGCGGCGGUCAUGGCGGCGGUGGUGACGGCGGUGCAAACGGCAGAGUCAGGGGACCGCAGUGGUGAUGGCGCGUCGACGCGUUCUCCCCCGCCGGUAUCCCCGCCGCCGGUGUCAAGCGACGCCGUGUCGGCUGCAGCACCUCCUCCACCCGCCUCUUCUUCUUCAUCAUCAUCGGCUGCAGCUGCUGCUGCGACAGCUGCAACCGCUGCUGGCCCACCAGCUCAGUGGCCGGUGCUGAUGGAGGGAGACGGCGGGCGGGAGGUGCAUGCGCUGCAGGUGGCGCUCUGCACCCGCGGCUUCCACUGCGGCGAGGAGGACAUGCGCUGGUGGCAGCUGGGGGAGGACAGCGCCACCGCCCUGCGCUACUUCCAGAGCUGCAAUGGCCUGCCGGAGAGCGGCGUGUGCGAUGAGCGCACCUGGAGGGCGCUGCUGGGCCCUGCAGCCCAGCCGGCGGACCUGUACGACAUUCGGUUGGCUGCCAACAGCGAUGACGAGGAGGGUUUGGAGGGCGGGUUUGAGGAGGACAUGGAGGGCGUGUCACGGGGGCGGGUUUGGUUGCUUGGAGAGCAGCGGUGGGAGCGGAGAGCGUGAGAGAGGAGGGAGGGAAGGAGGGAAAACAGGGAAAAAGUGAAGCAGCGGAGAGGAGGGAGAGGGGCAGGCACGCCAGGCAGGGAGAGUACGGAGUGACGAUGGGAGGGAGUGGUAGGGAUGGUGAAAGGAGGGAAGGCUAGGGAAGGGAGAGGGGGCAGCAGUCUUGAAGCGAGAGGAGAGAUGAGGAUGCUAAAUGAGGGGCACCUGAGCGGUGUGGAGGGCACGUGAGGAUGUAUGAGUGCGCCUGGGUUUAGUGCGAGUGUCGCAUAUGCAUGCUUGUUGCAAUCGAUGGCUACAAAGCUGGGGAGGCAAGGGUGCUAACGGUCCAAAUGCGAAAGGUACGAACGAACUAGUACGGGAUGGCUAAGGUCCUGUGGCUACUUGAUGACGCAGGAACUCGGUUUGCAGGGUGUUACGUCCGCUCAUGUAAAAAUGGUCAUUUGUG